CUCACAGGAGAAAUACCCUCAUAGAACCAAAUCACAAUGUAAACUUGUGUCGAACACAUAGAGGAACUGGUCAGAACGUAGAACAAGGCUGCAGGUUACAUGAAUACAUCAUGCGGUUGUCUGCCGUACUGGUCCUCCUCUGCUUCUGCUUCCUGGCAGUACUGGUUUACUAUGCCGUCAGGCAGGAGACGGUCCUUCAGAAAGCCAGGAUCCGGCUGCAGGUCAUCACGGGGGAGGUGCAAAAGGCGGAAAACAAGAGAGUUGAGGCCAAGCAGAAGAUCGAAGAGCUCAGUGGUCCCCUUUCAUCUGCUGCGGAUAAGACGGACGAGCUGACCAAGGCGAAGACCAACGUGAUGAAGGCUGAGAAAGACAUUUCGAGCAGUUUGCAGGCCUGCAACACACACAAGGCAGAGAUCAUGAAGUCUUGGAACGCCGCAGAAGAAAAUCUCAAAAAACUGAACGCUGAUAAGGAGAAGGAGAAAAAAACAGCAGAACAAGAAAUUAAAUUAUUAAAGGAGCAGAUCUCAGAAAGAGACAAGAAGUUGUGUCAGUUUGUGGACCCGAAGAAUGAAGAAGCAAGGAAACUGUGUGAGAAGGCCAAGGCCGCAAAAUGAAACCUACACUAAAACCACCCUCCCCCCCUACAAACACACACACACACACACACGCACACGCACACAAACAGGUUUGUAAUUAUAUCUUUGUGGGGACUCUCCAUUCACUUCUUUGGGGAAAACUCUAAUCCCUACAUGAUGACCUCAUCCCCCGCCCAGCCCUAACCUUAACCAUUACUAACCAAACAAAAUACAAGACUUUUGGCAUUUUUAGUUUUUUGAUUGCAUUUGCAGAUCUUUGUGGUUGAGAUCCUGAAAAAUGGAUCCCCAGAACAUCAAAAUAACAGGUUUUUAUUAAAUUGUGAGGAACGUAAUAUAAACAUAAUACACACACACAUGUAGGUUAUACCUAUCCUUAUGGGGCCCGCUCAUUCACUUCUAUGGGAGAAAUGCUAACGCUAACUAUGACAACCUUAACCCCCACCCUGCCCUAACCAUAACCAUAAGUAACCAAGCAAAAUGCAAGAGUUUUUGCAUUUUUAGUUUUUUCAUAGCAGUACUGAUUCUUAUAAAAUAGAGUUUUCCCUUAUGGGGACCAGGAAACCAGUCCCCAUAAGGGAAAAAAAUGGAUAUUUAUCACAUUAUGGGGACAUUGUGUCCCCAUAAGGAUAGGUAUACCCGCUCACACACACACAGGUUUGUAAUUAUAUCUUUGUGGGGACUCUCCAUUCAUUUCUAUGUCUUCAUAUCCAUGACUUAUACUGACCAUUAUAAUGUAUUAUAAAGGCAUCUAUAGUGCAGCAUAAAUGUAGCUAUAAUGUGUUAAACCUUUUUAUAAAUAGUUAUAGUUGUGUUUAUGGUACUUUAUGUAUGCAUUAUAAGGACUGCUUUAAAUAAAGUGCUGCGGAAAGAGCAAUACAGCAUGCAUGCAGCAAACAGUGUAUUUGCUAUAAAGAAGUGUUUCGCAGGACCGUCUGCUGAUGGCAAUGCGCCGUAUAACAAAGCAGAAAAGCCGAAGUGGGUAAUGAAGGUCAGAUGUUAUAAUGCCAUAAUAAACAGUCUUUGCUCUUA